GGUGAAAUCUGGAUCGUAUUCGUAAUGAUGACAACAGGUCAGCUGACAGUUUAUGCUUUUAGUCCCAUUAUCUCUCUACCCGUCGGCGUUAUAUAAGCUUCGAGCUUCUUGCCUCUCGUGUUUCGCUCGCUUUGACACAACGGGGAACAAAUAAGUACUUUUAGAGUCGAGGCUACAGUAUUUCCUUUGCUGAGCUCCAUCUUCAGGCUGCUGCCUCAGGUGUUGGAGCCCCGCUGAGAGGAACUGACAGUGAGCCGUCGCUCCUCGCGGAUACACAAAGGGGGGGGGGGGGGGGCGCUAAACGUUUAAUCAAAAAUGUCUCCGAUAAAGGACUUGGGUUUGGUUUACGAAGCUCUCAACGCAGGGGACACCUUUUCUCAAGGGGAUACCAUCGCUGCCAUGGUCACGUUCACGUUGACAAAGGAAACCAAGCUGAAGGGACUGAGCGUGAAGCUCAAAGGGGACGCGGACGUGCACUGGUCGGAGGGGACCGGGGACAAGCGGAGAUCGCACAGUGCGCACAGGACCUACCUGAAACUCAAAGACAACUUGGUUGCACAGAAUGAGAAUGGUACUGUACUUCCCAAAGGAGACCAUCAAUUAAAGUUCAGGUUUACAUUUCCUCAAGGUGAGAUGCCGUCCUCCUUCAGAGGGUUACAUGGAAAGAUUUGCUACAUACUGGUUGCAAAGGUGUCCAGGAGCUGGCGGAUGCCUUCUUCAGUACAAAAAGAACUCAACUUUGUUUCAAAAUCCUCCCAUACUGUCCAGGCAAUACAUCCACAGUCUGGUUCAGUGGAUAAAAAGAUGAGCGGUUUUGCCGACGGCCAGGUUGAAAUGUCUGCCACCGUUAACACAAACGUGUGCUCUCCAGGUGACACCGUGUCUGUUGCUGCCCAAAUCCGUAACUCCUCUUCCAAACAAACAAAGACCAAAUUCAGUUUGCAGCAGAAAAUAGUGUACAGGGCCAAUGCCUCCACUAAAGUCAAUGACCAAAGUCUGUGGAAAAUGGUUGGGGAGACUAUUGAACCGAAUUCAGCGGAAACUGCGUCCUGCCAGUUCACGGUUCCUGCUGACGUCACCCACACUCUCCAAGAUUGUGAAAUCAUCUCAGUUAGCCAUUACCUUAAGGUGUAUUUGGACAUCAGCUUUGCCAUUGACCCGAAGGUGGAGUUUCCCCUGGUCGUAGUUCCUUCUGGUUUUGCUAACCUUCAGCCCGGUGGAGCUCCGGGGCCUUACCCAUCUGGGCCUUUUGGGGCACCGAGUUACAGCGACUUCCCUCCCCCCGCCUACCCUGUUGGACCAUAUCCCGCACCGGCAGGUUCAGGGGCCUACGGGUACUCCGCACCAGAUCCCACUCAACACGCAAACAUGUCAAGUGGGUAUUAUAAUCAGGAGCCACAGCAGGCUCCUCCAGAGGGUUUUUAAAACCCAAAAUACUGGCAGCCAAUGGGGGCACCUAACCUGUUGGAGGAAAAUGUUUUGUGCAUGGACAAGUAUUCAUUUACAAUAAUGUCUGCGGUAUAAGCCAUAUAUUCUUCUAUAAUCAUCUCAAUGUUAUAAUGAUAGUUGUAUAAUGUGUGUCACUUAAGUAGACAGGAACAUAUAUGUGACGUUUACCAUUUCCUGUCCUGUAGUCUUUUUACCAUGCAGUUAAAUUCCUGUGAGGGUAAGAGUAAAAAAAACACAGUUUUUGUUUAUAAGAAGCAGGAUGUUUUGCCUGCAACCAGUUGUUUAAAUAAAUCUAACACUAAUGAAAGUUCCAA